AUGGAGUUCUUCCCCGACAGGAUGCACCUGCGGCUGCGGAACCGCAAGCACGGCACGUACCUCCACGCCGACGAGGACGGUGUGCGCGUCUCCCUGACGCUGCACCGCGCCUCCCUGAACACGGCGUGGCAGGUGCACCGCGUCCUGCGCAACAGCGGCGACUACGUCCUCCUCCACAGCGCCGCCUACGGCCGCUACCUCGCGCUCUCGCCGGACCAGGUGUCGCUGGUCUACGUCGGCCACCUCGCCGUCCAGGGCGUCUACGAGAGCCCGGAGCAGGACGACGUGCUCUGGGAGGCCGUCUGGGUGGACGAUGAGGGCGGCGACGUCCUCAUGCUCCACGUCUCGAACCGUCUCCUCCGCGCCGCCCCCUGGAACCCACUCUUGAACAGCCGCGUCUUCGUCGACAUCGACAAUGCCGGCACGAUGAUGCAUUGGGUGGUCGAGGCCAUCCCCCUGAGACCGAAGCAGCCACCACUGCCAGUCUGCCACCCCAUGUGUUCAGAUUUGUUCAUUGAGUACCAGCAUUGUCUGCUUGUUUUGGUUCCAUUGCAACAGCUUCCCAUUGGAGUUGUGUUGUGGCGGACGAUCGUAUACAUGAGGGCAGAUGAUCACGGGAACUUCGAUCCUCUCGCUAGGAGAACAUACGAAUUCAGCGGCAGGUCCUUGAACCAACUGACGGGCGACCUGGCGAUCCAGCUGCGCGAACAGUUCCACCGCAUCACGCUGUGCGUGCGGGCCGGCUCCCAUGGGCGGCUGACCCCUUUGGCCAUCGACCUGCCUUCCAACCAGCAGGCGAUGGAGAUCAUUGUCCUCACCACCAUGCCACCAGCUGACUUGAAAUGGUUUGAGUUGGCCUUUCUUGUUUCAGAACUUUCAAAUGGGUGA